ACGUGAACUUGUUUUUUUUUUUCGUCUCUCUCUUCCGCAUUUUGAUUUUCAUUGUUUUGUUUUGAAUUUGCGAGGAUGGAGCUCUUUGGGACGCUGGUUCUCGCUGCGAUCGUCUUUUGUCUUUUAUUCUUGUUAUUUAGGGGAGACUCUCGCUACGCGAGGAUGCCGCCCGGUCCGACACCAGUGCCUUUAAUCGGGAACCUACUGCAGCUGAACCAAUGGGCAUUUCACGAGAGUUUUAUGAAGCUGAAAGAGACAUAUGGACCCGUGAUGACGGUGUACCUGGGUCCGAAGCCCCUCGUGGUUCUUGUCGGGUUCGAUGCGGUCCACGAAGCGCUGGUUGAACAGGCUGACGCGUUUGCUGGGAGAGCGGUGCCUCCUCUGUUUAAACAGCUCAAACUCGACUUUGGUUUGGGACAAAGCAAUGGAGAACGCUGGAAACAGCUUCGCCGUUUUUCUCUGUCCACUUUGCGAGAUUUCGGAAUGGGAAGGCGCAAUGUUGAGGAGUGGAUCCAAGAGGAAGUUAAACACCUCACAGAGGAAUUCAGAAAAACUGAAGGUGCUCCAUUUGAUCCCACUAUUACUUUGAGCCGGGCAGUUUCCAAUGUAAUCUGCUCCAUUGUGUUUGGUCAGCGUUUUGAUUAUCAAGAUAAAAACUUUGUUGAUCUACUGUCUCUCCUUGAAGCACAUCUACGUUUGCUCAGCAAACCCAUUGGAAUGCUCUAUAACAUGUUUCCAGUACUCACUAAAUUAAUACCUGGACCUUUCAACAAGAUGUUAAUGAAUGUGAAUGAAUUAACAACAUUUACUUCAGCAAUGAUUGAUAAACAUAAAGCAACGCUGGUCAGUGACAGUCCUCGGGAUUAUAUAGACAGUUUCCUCAUCAAAAUGAAACAGGAAAGUAACAAUCCAGAUACAGAAUUCAACUAUGACAACUUGAACAUGACGAUUUUAGAUCUCUUUAUUGCCGGAACGGAGACCACCAGCACGACACUCCGAUAUGGGUGGCUGAUCCUCAUGAAAUACCCCCACAUCCAGGAGAAUGUCCAGAAAGAAAUUGAUAUGGUGAUUGGGCAGGAACGUGCCCCUGCCAUGGAGGACCGGAGGAAGAUGCCAUACACUGAUGCUGUACUCCACGAAAUCCAGAGGUUCAUUGAUCUUCAACCUUUAAAUGUUUUUCAUAAGACAACAAGAGACACCAUUUUCAGGGGUUACACCAUUCCAGAGAAUACAGUGGUGAUCCCCAUGCUUCAUUCGGUGCUGUUUGAAAAGACAAAGUGGGCAACCCCUGACACCUUCAACCCUAGUCACUUCUUGGAUGAAAAUGGCUGCUUCAGAAUGAAUCCAUCUUUCAUGCCUUUUUCCACAGGAAAGCGCAUCUGUGCAGGUGAAGGUCUGGCCAAAAUGGAGCUUUUCUUGUUUUUCACAACCCUCCUGCAGAAUUUCUCAUUUUGCCCCACUGAGGAUCCUGACAGUAUUAGCCUAUCACCAGAUUCUAAGUUAGUUUUUAAAACUCUCAGGCCGUAUAAGUUUAAGGCAAUUCCACGAUAGUGUAGUAACCAGAAACGUUCAAGACUUUCGUUCAGCUAUUCUUGUUUUCUGGGUGACUUUUACCCAUGUUCAGUUAUUUUGGUUAUUAUGCACAGUAGGAGUGAGGAUUAGUUUGAUUGCUAACUAGCUUGGUGUAUGGAUGCACACUAAGAGCAGUCCACAUCCUGAGCUAGAGUAACAAACUUUUAAGAAGCAUCGAAGUGUUAACUACAAUGUUUAUAUACUGCUGAAUGCCUUUGGAUACUGGUUAUUUAUUUAAUAAAGGCUUUCUGAUGGA